AUGUACCAUGCCCCGCGGAACCAUAAACAUUAUCAACACAAUGCGAAUGUUAUGGAUUACCUAGUCGACGGGUUUGAACAUGGGGCGGCACAGCACAACGAUCCCGCACACCUCCAAGUUGAGGCGGCGGGUUCAACUAGCAACCACUACGGCGUCGGCUGGGGCUGUACACAGGGUGCUUCCGGCAACGACAGCGAAUUUACCGACACGUUACAAGGCGCAGUGUCUAACGACAUAUUGAAUGGGGUAACACCGAGCUCUUUCGUCUGGCCUCCCGAGAAACGUCGCCUGAGGGUACGCUUUCUCAAUGGGAGCGCUUCCGACCGCGAAAUUGUCACAAAUCUGGUGAAUACACACUACAAUACCAUUCCAAUGCGGAUAAAAUUCGAGUUUCUUAAACCAGACGAUCUUGGGCCCUCUGAUAUCCGAAUAUCUUUUGGCACCCAGUCAAGCUCCUGUCUCGGGACGGAAGCCGAGAAGAAUCCAGAUGGGCCAACCUUGUGGCUCAACAUGUAUCGACACAUCGCCGGUCUACCGGGCCCUACGCGACGCCGCCUGAGGCAAGCUGAUAUCUUACACGAGGUUGGACAUUCAUUGGGCAUGGUGCAUGAACAUCAACAUCCUGAUUGUCCAGCUGUCUGGAACUACCGCGAAAUCCAAAGAAAGACGGGGUGGAAAUGUGCGCAGAUCUACAAGAACUACGACCGAAGCUUUGUUCGUGGUACAAAGCCCCUCCCUUAUGACCCAGAGUCCAUCAUGCAUUACCCUAUCGCCCCAGAAGACACCCGAGACGGUAUGAUGUUUGUCCCACACGCAUGGGUAUUAUCUGAGGGCGACAGAAGAUUUCUCAUGUCACUAUACCCCGAUCCAUAUAUGCCCAUGCUGCGCGAGAGCCCGAGGUGGAUUCCAGAGUGGGAAAUGGAGUAUAAGCCAGAGAAGAAGAGGUCUGGAAGACACAAGCAUAAGAAACCCAAGAAGUCCGAUGAGCCGGGGUUGAUAAAAUGGAUUUUGUACACUGCUGGGUAG